GACUAAAUGGCUGUGCCAAGCAACAUGAAAACUAAGACUGGCUUCUCGGCGGUUUACGAGAAGCGCGGUAGAUGCCUGCUCUCUUAACGAUGGCAUUAGCCCGAUACAGUCGAGUUUGAUGAGAGACGUAUUGGCAGACGCAAUUAUGUGUCCGAUUCUUGGCUUGUGAGCUUAAAAACAAUAGUAAUCACUGCAAUCUGUCUACUAUCAGGGACAGUUACGAAAGUGUUAUUGAAAGUUUCCGGACACGGCAUUGAUCAAAGUGGUUUAGUGGAGACAGCAAGGGACUGAUCUGGACACAGCGUCUCGUCCGUGAAUCUUAACAGUCUACCUUAACUCACCCGCUCAGUGGACAAGUUGGGGGAACACGGACUCGGUAUUCUGCUUGUAGCGGGAUUAAGGCAGGCUUUCAUUCACUGGAGUCGAUGUAGACGUCUUUGGUAUUCGACUGGCGCGUUGCAGCUGUUGACUGACAGGAACCGAGCAACAGUCUUGACCUGCGAGACCGCGGGGCUCCCUUGGAAUGUGGACGUCACAUUUACAGAGAUUUAGAUCUCGAGGUUUGUACAUCACCUGGCAAUAAACAAACGCUUCUAACUGUGUGUGGUGCCUGAGCUAACCCCUCACAAUGUGUGAUCUAGGCGAAGAUGUGGUCAGCACGUACCUCCAGAAUAACCCAGACUUCCUCACACGCUGGCUGUCUGAACAUGGAACAGCCGAACAGCUUCAGGCAGUUGCUGGCAAACUUACGGAAGAGAGCUCUGAAAAUGUUCGACCAAGCCUACCAAAUUUCACCCAAGUGGCCAAGAAUUCAAUUACAGGUAGCAUCUUUAAACAGUAUCUUGAAGGAUCAAGGGCAAGGAAGACUUCUAUCAAGAAAGACCGGAACUCCCUUCAACACAUGUCCGAAGAGGAUAUAUUCAUGGAGUUGAUUCGAGACAUUUCUAGUGAGUUGGACGUCAACGUCCUUUGCCACAAGAUCCUUCAAAACGUCAACAUUCUUACCAACAGUGAUAGAGGAAGCCUGUUUCUUGUUCGUGGUUCCAGAGACAAUCGGUACCUGGUGUCUAAGCUGUUUGAUGUUACCAAUACAUCUACAUUGGAGGAGUCAAUUCACACGUCGGACAAUGAGAUCAAGGUGCCUUUUGGGAAGGGAAUAGCCGGUCACGUGGCCCAGUCCAAAGACACGGUCAACAUUGCAAAUGCAUAUGAGGAUCCACGAUUCAACCAAGAAGUUGACAAACGCACAGGCUAUACAACCCACAGCAUCCUGUGCUUGCCCAUCAUCAACUAUGAAGGGGAGGUAAUCGGUGUUGCGCAAAUAAUCAACAAGAUUGAUGGGAAUCACGAAUUUACACGUCAGGAUGAGGAGUUGUUUAGAAAGUACCUGACAUUCUGUGGGAUUGGAAUAACAAAUGCACAACUCUUUGAAAUGUCCGUCACUGAAUUUCAAAGGAACCAGUUGCUUCUGCAUCUGGCUCGAGGAAUAUUCGCAGAGCAAACAAACCUGGAGAAGCUUGUCAAGAAGAUCAUGGUGGAAGCUCAGGACCUUCUGAAGUGUGAGAGGUGCAGUGUCUUUCUUCUGGAAGACACAUUUGAGAAUGAUAUCCACAAGUUUACCAAACGGUUUGUUGCCCGACUUGGCCAAUGCUCCAAUAAAAACCUUGUCAUGGCAAUGCAGGAUAUUAAUCUGUUAAAUCCUCUUGGUGGGACGAAUACAAUGGACCCCAGCAAUAUGAGCACUCCCUCAAGCACUUCCGGCGAGCACAAAGAGGCACGGAAUCUACAGGAAGUGAGCUUCUCGAUGGCCUUUUAUCUCAACGCCAAAGACAGAGAAAAUGUUCUCGAGCCCAGUCAAAAGGACCUGGCGAAAUCUAAAACAGCCGAAAUUGCCAAAUUUGUGGUUAUGCAAGGCACGGCAGUUAAUAUUCCUGACUUGGAAAUCGAUGGAAGAUUUGGCAAAGGACCUUGUGUGGAUCCCGAUGGCUUUCACAUACGGAGCGUCUUAUGCAUGCCGGUGUUCAACAGUGACAAGAAGAUCAUUGGUGUGACACAACUGAUGAACAAGCUCAACUCUUCACCGUUUGAUGAUAAUGAUGAGCAUAUCAUUGAGGCAUUUUCCAUCUUCACUGGUCUUGGAAUACACAACUGUCAGAUGUACGAGAACGCAUGUCGCCUGAUGGCCAAACAGACUGUGGCAUUAGAAGUCCUCUCCUACCACGCCACUGCACAGAAGGAAGAGACAGAAAAGCUUGUUGAAUGCGAAAUCCCAUCCGCCGAUGACUACCGUCUGUACAGUUUCGACUUCGACGACAUGGUACUCAGCGACGACGAUACACUACGUGCUGUCAUCAGAAUGUUUACCGACGCGAACAUCAUCAACAGUUUUAAAGUGCCUUAUGAUGUAAUAUGCCGAUGGACAGCCAGUGUGAAGAAAAACUACCGUCCCGUCACCUACCAUAACUGGCGGCAUGCCUUCAACGUGUGUCAGACAAUGUUCACCAUGCUCUUUACCGGCCAGCUACGCCCACUGUUCGGUGACCUGGAGAUAUAUGCCCUGAUGGUAGCCUGUCUGUGUCAUGACCUGGAUCACAGGGGCACCAAUAACGCAUUUCAAGUCAAAGUAGCGUCGCCGUUGGCCAUGUUGUACAGUACAUCUGUGCUGGAGCAUCAUCACUUUGACCACUGCAUCAUGAUACUCAACAGCGAGGGCAAUAACAUCUUCCAGUCCUUAUCUCCCGGGGACUAUCGCAAUGCAAUCAAAAUGUUGGAACAUGCAAUUCUGUCGACAGAUCUGGCUAUAUACUUCAAGAAACGGGGAGACUUCAAAUCAAUGAUAGAAGAUGGGGAACAAACGUUCGACACCAAAUACAAGAAGGAUCUUCUGAAAGCAAUGAUGAUGACGGCGUGUGACGUCGCUGCGAUUGCUAAACCGUGGGAAAUCCAACAGAAUGUCGCCCAGUUGGUGGCUGGAGAGUUCUUUGAGCAGGGAGACAUUGAAAAGCUAAAACUAGGAGAGCAGCCAAUUCCAAUGAUGGAUCGGGACAAGAAGGAUGAGCUCCCAAAGAUGCAGGUCGGCUUCAUUGAUGCAAUAUGUAUGCCAGUCUACAAGCUGUUUGCCUCGAUGACUGACAAAUUGGACCCAUUGUAUAAUGGAUGUCAAAGCAAUAGGACAAACUGGCAGCAAUUGGCUGAUAACAUAGAUACAGAAAAGUGUAAGGAGUCAUCAUCCACGACAGCCUCCGACACUCCUAAACCGGAAACCGGAAGUAAAACGGACAGUAACAAAGAAAUUCUAAGUUCGUCACCACAACCCUCUCCACAGCCUUUGUCCAAUGAUCAUGUAGCUAGCAAGUCACGUGACACUGAUUCAGUCACACUCGCUUCACAAAAACAAAAUGGCGCUUCGUCUCACACUGCACAGUCUGCACACAAUGGAUCCCAGAGUCCUCCAGCAAGUAGUAGAUCCGUUCAUAAAGCACCUCAAAGUAAGUAUCAACCAACAUCACCUGCACGGAAAGCCAUCAAACAAGAUUCAGUGUGUGACUCAGACUUCUCACCCAAACACAGCAAAAGUAAAAAGCAAAGGAGUGGCUUCUGUGUCAUGAGCUGAAACGACCUUAUGCACCUUUACUUGCAACUUUCUCAGUGCCAAACUAGAACUACCAGAUGCAUCUGAAAGAAGAUGGCAAUGGACGAAGGCAAUACAAGGCUGUGAUCAUUGCUCUACGUAGAAGACGUAAUUGAUUAAAACGUAGGACCCCGAUGGAUACAAGGGCGAUUAUAUGGACCCAGUGAAGAGCUGAGUUAUCUAAGGGAUCUGUUUGCACUUGGUGUUGACUGACCAUGUGGAUCUAAUUGACCUUGUAGCUGAAUGAAAUUGAGACGUGCCCUUAUUGUUGUGGAUGUUGUUGGUGACAGAAACAUAGAUAUGUGUCCUGGGUAUUGAAUGGAUAUGAUGUACCUUGUGGGCCUCAUGUCUCUUGUCAUGGGCAUAAUGGACGUUUGAAUGAUGUUAUGGUUCUGUUGGACCUUGAGCUGAUGACGUGGAUAUGUUUUCCCAGAUGUUGACUGACAACAUGGAUGUGUUGACACUUGGUGUUGACUUGGGUUGAGGAUGUUGACUGAGGUUGUGGAUCUGAUGACGCUUGGUGUAAACUGUCAUAGAUGUCAACUGAUCCAAUGGAUCUGUUGGUUAUUGAUGUUAAAUGGCACAGUGACUAUAUAGUUUUCACGGACCACGAAGAUAUUAUUAAUGGACGGAUCUUCUGGACAUGGAUGGCCUCUCGAUUCUACUUUCCAUAUUAUGUUACAUACAUUAUCAUUCUUUCUUAUUUGACUGGGGUGGUGGGGUAGCCUAGUGGUUAAAGCGUUGGCUCGUCACGCCGAAGACCCGGGUUCGAAUCCCCACAUGGGUACAAUGUGUGAAGCCAAUUUCUGGUGUACCCCACCGUGAUGUUGCUGGAAUAUUGCUUAAAGCGGCUUAAAACUAAAUUCAGUCAGUCAGUCAGUCUUAUUUGACUGACCAGAAUAAAAGUAACAGGGCUUAUUGGCAGUAUGUGUUUCAUAGAACGUAUUGCCAUCAGUGAACGAUUUAAACAAUAAGUUUCAUUGAUUUUGGUGGUGUUGAUUCCUUGAAAUUGCUCAGUGAACACUCAAAUUUAUCAAAGUAUAUCAUUAUCUGGUUCACUUUCGUCCACGUAGAUUCGAAACAAACUUCUGUUUCUUCAUACUUUUGAUCAUGGUUGUCCUAAAAGAUACGAAUCAUUGAUAUCUUCACAUUCUUGUUCACUGUUAUCCCAGAAGAUCCGUUACUUCUUCCACAGUGGUCAUAGUAGAAACGCAUAUGUCUUCACAUUCAGGUUUAUAGUUCAGAUUCCCCUUCAUAGUUGGGAAAGUAUACCAAAAGUUCUGAAAUAAGUCUGUUUAUGCUAAGGUACGUCAUUUGUUAUUUAAAGGUUUAACAACUCGCAAUUCUUAAGAUUUUUCAAAUCUGUACCGUUCAUAGGAUCAAUAUAAUACGUAAUCUAUUUUGAAACCUGGAUCUGUGUAGUUGAAGAAAUUUGAACAAGUUUAACAAUUGAUAAUGUGAAUAUAGCUGAAAGUGCUGGAAAUUUGCAUCUCAUAAUCGUGAGCACUCUGGGCCAGUUGGCACGCCUGUGGUACUUUUGUGGUUACGUUUGUUACAUUGUAUCAUUCUUGCUUUGGUGGUUUAAAAUGCUCUAAAGAGUUAUGUGUAACAUGAGCGUGGUAUUUAAUUUCAAACACUGCCGACGUGAUCCAAAUGUUGGAAGAUUUCAUGCAUGAUGUAAAUGAUAAAAAUAUCUGGUACGACGGGAACCAUUUAGUUAUCGCUGUUAUUGUCAAAUUAGACAGGUCGAUUUCAAUACCUUUGAGGCCACAUCUGUGAUAUUGCAUGUUUACACUGAAUUUCCCCUGUAAUUUCCAUUAAAUGUGUCAGAAUGUGUCGUCAGAGUCAGAAGCACACUGUGAUAAGUCUUGUCAGAUAUUAUCGCGGACAUGUGGAUUGUGUCAUUCGGAACACAUCGGCAGUUCCCGUUGUCCAUACAUGUAACACGCUUUUCUAAAAUGUAGACAUCAAAUCAAGCAUUUCUGCUUCGUUUCAUCGAGGACACGAGUGGUAUCAGUCAUUACUACUCUUGCCCCACUCUACCUUAAAGUCAGAUUGAAUCUCAAGUAUAAACCUUGUAUUUAUGAGGAUAUGCCGAAGUGUUUUGAAUGUUCCACAAAUGAAAUAGAGAUGAUUCAGCAAUAUGGCAUAAUACACCAAGAUCCUAAGCUUUCUUAAGACGUGUUUUUCAUGUUGUAGGACAGGAUGCAUCAAUACACCAAUGUUAACCUUUUGUAUGUGUCUCACAAGAUGUUACACUAUUGAACAGUUUGUUGAAUAUACCUCAAUCUCUGUCGAAUUACGAAACCGUAUCAUGCGAUGUAUACGGUUUCAUUAUUUAUAUGUAUUGUUUACCAUUCGUUCUUGUUACUACCGAACAAAGCAUCUUUAAACCAAACCCUAUCAUUAACAUAUCACUUUGUAGCACAUCGUCACAACAGUAGCAUCGUAUUAAUACCAACAGUAGAACUCGUUACAUGAAGUCAUUUACCUGUUAAGGGCAUGUUAGUAGAAAAAGUUGACAAAGGCAUUAAUUUGAAACAAUUAUUUCGAAUAAUUGUGACUGACAAUCAACAGAAUGACAAUGUGCUUGUUCCUGCACAACGUGAGGUUGACAAUAGGAUGUCAUUAUCAUAAUAUAUAUAUAUAUAUAUAUAUAUAUAUUUAUCCUAGUAAUUUAUUAAUAGAAUAUGGAUAUUGAUGACGUAAGUUUUAACGGAAUCAAACUGAACUAUACGUAUAUUAUGUGUGUUUUUAUUCCAAUAUGAUGAUAGUUUUGUGUGAGAUGAUUAUCAAUCCUUGGGUAUUAAGGUAUAAUUUGAAUCAUGUAAGUGCUAAUUAAUAGGGGCAUCAUGAAUCUUCACUUAAUGCAGUAACACUUCCGGGUUUGCUGGUAAUUUCUAUAACGUCUACCUUCCUCAUCGCAGUGCUGCGUUAUAGUACGCGUUACCAUUACUUAAAUAACAUAAUCAAUCUUGUUUAAAAGGUAAUUUAAUUAAUUUAAUUUCUGAAGGAUCAAUAUCUUUCGUUUGGAUUGCACAUGUAAAAUGUAUUUUUGCUUGCAAAUGGAGAUACAACCCACGCGGUUGUGAUGACGAAUAACGUGUUUCAAUGAUACUCACUUGAAAGACCUGCACGUAGCCACUGUAAUCGUGUGUUCUCAUUUGUCAAAAACACAGUGUAAAUAUAUCUGUACUUUGUGAUAUUACGUGUACAUAUGCAAUAUUUAUGUUUCUCAUGUGUUUGUACAUGAAUUAAACGUUUUUUUCUCAUACCUAACACCAAAUAUCAUUCGUGCUCCCUUUUUGACACAAAGUAUUCACAUUGGAUUCACACAGUAUAAAAGUAUGUUAUGCUCACAGUCUGAAGUUCUGCUAUUAUUCAUUUUGUUAUUAUUGGAAGCGUCUGUUGGGGAUAAAGCUGUAAAAUCUAUAAUAAGGUAUCGCCGAUUCAAUAAAUGUCGUAAAUAUAAAUAAAUAGCAUUUAAGACGUUGGGAAGUACAACGUAGACAAACUUUAGAAAUAAAGAAGUUGUCAUUCAUAAAGUUUGUCUAUAAUAUAUAUAACGUUUGGUUCUUCCUGUCUGUUUCAGCAUAAGAAGUCAUUCCAUGUCCAAUACAAAAUUUGUUUUGAUAACACUGAAAUACAUACCUCCGUUUAUAAAAGUUAAGACAACAUAUUUUACCUUAAUAUGAAAGUCAGCUUAUCGGAUCGAGUCUGCAAUUAGAACCGUGUUUAUAUGAAGUCAGAGAGUUCAAAUGUUGGAAGUGAUAUUGGUAACAUCAAUAGUCGUACACACUAUCUCAGACAUUCGUUUCCAGUUUCAUACAUUUCUUGUUGACUCAUUUGUUCUAUUAAAGCAAAGUGAUUCUCAAA